UACCUACACACAGAACAGAAACAAGUUUGUUUACAAUCAGUAUUCUGUGUAUACCUACUAAUAUGAAAUGUUGACAAUUAAGGUAUAGAGAAUUUAUUCUAUAAAAUAAAGAACUGCCUGUUAGCUGAAAUAAAGAUAGUGGUGCUUUUCGUUCUAGCAAAAUGUCUUUCAUGACUCUCGCUCAUUAUUUGCAAAUUCUGGACAGGAGCUGGCGAGGCCAAGAUGGUAACAAAAUAGCUCAAUUCAUUUCCUUGAGACAUGACCACUCCAAAUAUCCAAACUAUCAAAUUGAACAACCAGAAGGAAUAGUUGAUAGGUUUCUCACGUCUCCUUUAGAUGAGCUUAUAAUUUUUCAUUUAAAAUGCUUGUACAGUAUCUCCAAGAAAAACUUCUUAGAAGCUUAUAAAUAUCAAAGUGCUCUUAUUCAAUCAUUCACUAAGACAUUGCAAUCACAGAAGGAAGAAAACUGGUGUCUGCCAAUUAUGUAUACAAUAUGUUCAGAUCUCAGACUUAUAGCUCAGCAAGCAGAGAAACAAAGGUUGGGAGCAACAGAAAAUCCUGGAGAAAUUCUCGAGAAAGCUGCUGAAUGUCUUAUGGCAUGUUUUCGUGUAUGUGCCGCUGACAACAGGUCCGCGGAGGAAGAUACCAAAAGAAUUGGAAUGUUAGCUCUUGUCAACCAAUUGUUCAAGGUGUAUUUCAGAAUAAAUAAGCUACAUCUGUGUAAGCCUCUGAUCAGAGCAAUUGAGUCUUCUCCGUUCAAGGAGAGUUUUCCCUUGGGACAACAAGUAACAUAUAGAUAUUUCGUUGGCAGAAAAGCAAUGUAUGACAGUAACUAUAAGGCAGCAGAUGAGUACCUUACCUAUGCCUUCGAAAAUUGUCACAAAUCCAGCAGAAAAAACAAAAGACUUAUUCUAAUUUAUCUUGUACCCGUUAAAAUGUUACUGGGUUAUAUUCCUAGCAAAAAAGUAUUGGAGAAGUAUGAUGUGAUUCAGUUCUGGGAUUUGGUACAAGCAGUUUGCCAAGGAAAUUUAAAGUUGUUUGAUGAUCUCAUGGAGAAACACGAGUCAUUUUUCAUCAAAUGUGGAAUAUAUUUGAUAGUGGACAAAUUGAAGAUUAUAGCUUAUAGGAAUUUGUUCAAAAAAGUGUAUCUGAUACUGAAUACUCAUCAGAUUCCUGUGGAAGCUCUGCAGUCAGCUCUUGAGAGUUUGGGUCAAGAUGUGGAUUUAGAUGAAACUCAGUGUAUCAUGGCAAAUUUAAUCUAUGAAGGAAAAAUAAAAGGGUAUAUUUCACACCAGCACAGAAAAGUUGUAGUUAGUAAGCAGAAUCCAUUUCCUGCAUUGACUAGUUUGACUUGAAGUGGCAUUUUGUCUUUUAACUAAUUUUUACUGUUUCUUUUACUUUCAUACUGAAUAUGUAAUUUGAAAUUUCCUCUAUUUUGUAAUUGAUCAGAGAUAUAUCACUUGUUUCACUACUCACACAUAGUAGCGAUACCAUUGCUCAUAAGAUAUAUGAUCAGUCCCAAGUUUUUUCCUAAUAAAUUUAUGUAUUGAAAUA